AUGUUCAAGCUUUUCUUAACUCCUAUUCUCGUUGGUUUUGAAACACCUAAUCGCAACGGCCACUUCCCUACUAUGACUUUCAGGAAAAACAGAGGAUUUUCCUGUGCACUUAAGCCUAGACCUCAGGUUGAUGAAGACUCGCCAGGAAAUACCAAGUCUGCUGGACGCUGUCUAGCAUACAACGAUGAGUUUACGGACUCGAGGGAAGAGCAAGGAUUGCGAAGGAGAGAUCUGGAAAAAAUUCAGCGAGAGCUCUAUCACCGAGAGUCUCGUCUGCGCGAUACGCUUUCCAAGCUACCACCAGUUUUACAACUAGACUACAAUCAUUUGAGAGGUCAAAGUCUGUGGUAUAUGCGCAAUCAUUGA